UUCAACCAAAUUUAACAGAAUGGCAGCUUCCACCAUGUCUGUAUCUUCUUCAUUCAUCGGACAAGCAGUGAAAAUAACACCAUCUGGUUCAGAAAUCACCGGAAAUGGAAGGGUUUCCAUGAGGAAGACAGCAGUCAAGAAAGUCGCACCAUCAGGAAGUCCAUGGUACGGCCCCGACCGUGUUAAGUACCUUGGCCCAUUCUCCGGCGAAGCCCCAUCUUACCUGACCGGUGAGUUCCCCGGUGACUACGGUUGGGACACUGCUGGGCUCUCUGCUGAUCCUGAAACAUUCGCCAAGAACCGUGAGCUUGAGGUCAUCCACAGCAGAUGGGCCAUGCUCGGAGCUCUUGGGUGCGUCUUCCCUGAACUCUUGGCUCGUAACGGCGUCAAGUUUGGUGAGGCUGUAUGGUUCAAGGCUGGAUCCCAGAUCUUUAGUGAGGGUGGUCUUGACUACUUGGGGAACCCUAGUUUGAUCCACGCACAAAGCAUUUUAGCCAUCUGGGCUACCCAAGUGAUCUUGAUGGGUGCAGUUGAAGGUUACAGAAUUGCUGGUGGACCUCUUGGUGAGGUAGUUGACCCACUUUACCCUGGUGGUAGCUUCGACCCAUUGGGUCUGGCUGAUGACCCAGAGGCAUUUGCUGAGCUGAAAGUGAAGGAGCUCAAGAACGGUAGACUAGCCAUGUUCUCUAUGUUUGGGUUCUUUGUUCAAGCCAUUGUUACCGGAAAGGGACCAUUGGAGAACCUUGCUGAUCACCUUGCUGACCCUGUUGCAAACAAUGCAUGGUCAUAUGCUACAAACUUUGUACCUGGAAAGUGA